AUCAAUGCAGAAGUCUCUUGGCUCCAAGUCUCACGCACCGUGGCUGCUGCCCGCUCAGGACAACCUCUUGAUCCACAACUUCAUCCGUUGUAUACACAACACUUCCGACCCAGUAUGUGGUUUGCACAGCUGGCUCCGCUCAAUGCAGACCUGACAACCUGGCAUAGCAACCUUUUGGGGCCGACUUGUUUGAAGUGGACAGGACCAUCCAAGUGGCGACUGCGGGAAUCUCGUCCUCGUGGGAUGGGUAAUGGCGGCGAUAAAGUAACCGAAUCUAUUCAGUCGGCCCAUUCCAGACCCACACUGUCGGCGAUUUUGGCCACCGGCUGGGAUUCAGUGAGCCUGAUUGACCCAGACCAGGGAACCUUACUGGCCACACAUCGGCUACCGUGUCGUCCGACACAUUCACCUACUUUGCUACGCCUGUCACAGUCCGAUACGGAUCGGUCGAUUGUGGGCAGCGAGUUUAUCAUUCCGUGCGAGGGAAUGUUGUUGGCAUUCGGAGUGGUGUACGAAAUUCGUCUGGUCGCUUUCAUACUGACAGUGCUCAGCCUGUUCGGAUCGUUUCUCAUGAUACAUUUGUGCUGCCAAUUUUCCUUACUGGAAUCGGAAUACUGA